CUUCACCCAGUUUUUAUGCUCAUUGGCUUCAUAGCCAUUGGUGGUGAAGCAAUAAUAAGCUAUAAGGUUCUUCCCUGGAGCAAGGAAGUGAAGAAGCUCAUCCAUUUGAUCCUUCAUGCAAUAGCAAUUGUUCUGGGUAUAGUAGGAAUAUGGGCUGCUUUCAAGUUCCAUAAUGACAGCGGAAUUGCUAAUUUGUAUAGCCUUCAUUCUUGGGUUGGUCUUGGAACCAUCGUCUUAUAUGGCAUUCAAUGGAUCUAUGGGUUUGUGACAUUCUACUAUCCCGGUGCUGCCAUCAGAUUGCGGAGUGCUUCGCUUCCCUGGCAUGUUUUGUUUGGGCUCUUCGUCUACAUAUUAGCUGUGGCAACUGCAGAGUUGGGAUUCUUAGAGAAGCUUACUUUCCUCCAAAAUGGCGGCCUUGCAAAAUACGGUUCUGAAGCCUUCUUAGUCAACUUCACAGCUCUAGUUGUCAUUUUGCUUGGAGCUUCUGUAGUGAUUUCUGCUGUUGCUCCAGCCAAAGUUGAUGAACGGAAAGGCUAUGUACCCAUAGAAUAUAACUGAUUUGAUAAAAGAGAUGAAUUUUGCUUUCCGAAUUGCCUGCAAACCAGUGUUGGUUUGUGAUUAAUUUGGUGAGUAGAAUUUGCUUCUUAUAGUAUUUCUCAGGUGAUAAAAUCCAUAAAGAUAAGAUGACUGUUUUAGAGUCUGUAAAAUAAUUUUGAACUUGUAUUUAGUGAUGGACCAUAAUAAAUUCAGUGUAGAAGUUUUAUGUUA